AUGCCCAAACGAUCGACCAAGAAGAAUAUUUUCAAAAAGAACCAACCAUCAAAUGAAUGUAUUGAUGAUGAACCUAUUACAAUUCAACAACAAAACAAUCCAAUCAUCAUCACUACCAACAAUUCCGAUACGACGUCGGACAUGAACGCUGCUCUCUCUCCUUCCAAUCAUCAAAAUUCUUCAAGCAUGAAAUCAUCUCAACAAAAACGAAAAAGAAAUUCUUUUCUUAAUGAUGAUAGCUGUACACUGGAAGACUGUCCAAAUCCAAUUCUGAGCAAAAUUUCUCAAAAUAUUCAUCCCAUUACUCAUUGUGUAUCAUCAUCAAACAAUAUACCACCUCUCUUACAAGAUGCUCAUCAAACUCUAUCAUCUUUCCUUUCACAUUCUUUUAAAACAUUUUCAAAUGAUUCAGUCAUGAUUGUUGGUCCAGGUAAAUCUGGAAAAAAACAUUUAGUGAAAUAUACUUUAAAUAAUCUCAAAGAAAGUGGUGAAUAUUCAUUUAGAACAGUCUAUGUGAAUGGAAUUCAUAUUGCUUCAGAUUCUCAAUUACUGGCAUGUGUAUUGGAUGCAUUGGCACGAGAAAAAGAAGAUACACAAUUGAGUGUUAUUAAUAGUAGUAAUAAUAAUAGAAAUAGCAAUUUACAACUCAUUGAGUCUACCGUUAGUGAUGAGAAUCAUCAUCGCAAUGACAAUACUGAAGAAGAUGAUCACUUUGAUGAACAAGCAACCUAUGUUGAAUUUUUAAAUGCUUUAAAAGAUUUCACCAAUCAAAGUAUUGUUUUUAUUUUGGAUCAUUUUGAAAAUUUAUGUCGAAAAUCUGGAAAAAUGCUUUAUACCAUCACCGAUACAUGUCAUGAACAUAGAUUAAGCAUUAUAAUUAUUGGACUUACUGUCAAUGCACAUAUUGGAACAUGUAUGGAUAGAAGAGUGAGAAGUAGAUUCUCAUCACGAAGAAUUUACACACUUCUACCAAGAAAUGCAUUUCAAGUUUCUCAAAUUAUGCAUCACUAUUUGUCUCUACCAUGUAACGAAAACGAUCCUUCUAUUGAAAUGUAUAAUCAUCAACUCAAAAAUUGUCUAUUAGAUCCAGAUGUUGUACAACUACUUGAAGAAUGUGUGAUACAUAGUAGUUGUAAAUUUAUUUAUAAUUAUUCAUUGAAAGUUUUUGAACUCAUUCAAUGCCAUCUCGAACACUAUCCAUUGUCAGAGAAUUCAAUGAUUUUUACUCCUAAUAUUUUUGUUAAGGCAUUUCAUGCAUUGGUGAAUCAUCGAGUGAAUUCCAAAUUGUCAUUCAUUCAAAGACUCAAUCAAUGUCAACUCAUCCUUUUAUGUGCCAUCAAGAAAAUGGAAUCUCUUUAUUCCUCUAACAGAGGAAAUUCUUCCAUUGAUAUUAACUUUGAAACUGUAUUCAAUGUUUAUAUGAAAUUUGCCACAGGUGGAGCACAAUCUUCAAACAUUAGACAAGAACAUGUGUAUACAGAAGGAAGAACACAAAUUCAAUUAGACAAACAAGUAAUAUUUCAAUCAUUUCUCUCACUCAUUGAUUUGAAAGUCAUACAUUUCGUGAGUCAGAAACAAAUUCCAUCGACUAGAAAAGAUCAAUCCAUUACCAAAGUGAGAUUGAACAAUAUUCAUCCUUCUCAAAUUGAUAAUGAAAUUGAAAGAUUAUUUCAAGAGAAUAGAUUGUAUUCAAUGAAUUCUGAAAUGUUAGAAUGGUGCAAGUCGACUUCAUUGUGA